AUGACUCACAAUAUCCUGCUCACCGGCGCCUCGGGCUAUCUUGGGGGUACUCUACUGGCCCGCUUGAAACAGACAGAUUUACCUCCAUAUGGCAAGCUUUACGCCCUUGUUCGCUCUGAAAAACAAGCCGAAUGUGUACAGGAAUAUGGAGCAGAGCCUUUACUCUGCAACGUUGCGGAGCAUGAUCAAUUGACACAGGCCAUUGUUGACAGAGAGAUUUCUGUGAUAUAUUUCCUGAUCGACGCUUACGGCCAGACACAUCAGCAAGUGAUGAUCAGGGCCCUUGGGAAGGUAAAGGAACGCACAGGUAAAACGGUGCAUUUCUUACAUACAACCGGUGCCAAACAGUUCAGUCGACAUGGAGGUGUUCAAGAUAACAGAGCCUUACUUGACACCGACCCGAUGCUCUAUGACAUCCAGAAAAGUGCUGUCCCACCGUAUGAAUGGUUUGCUCAGGGUCUUAGAACCAAUGUCGCAGUUGUUGACACCGCAGAGGAGAAUGGAGUGCGAAGUUACAUAUUUGCUCCCUGCAUAGUAUACGGAGAAGGGGAGGGGUUCGGCAACCGCAUUUCUAUUCAGGAUGUCGCAGUGGUGAAAGCCGCAAAGAAGACAGGUCGUGUCUAUAUGGUCGAUUCUGAUGGCCCCAUCUGGCCUGUUUGUCAUAUUAUUGACAACACCACUCUCUACUUGCAGAUUCUGCGACAGAUCUUGCUCGGGAAUGAUAUCGGGUAUAACAGGAAUGGGUUCUUCCUUGCUGCCUCCGGAAGUAUAGCUUGGAAAGACAUAUAUGACGCUUUUGCUAAAGCUUUAUCAAAACGUGGUGUGGUUAGUGAUAGUACGGUGGCACAGGGAGACGAAACAGCGCUGGGAAAAAUGGGUGAAGCACUGGGAGUGGACCCAUCUGUUGUACCUUUUCAAGUGGGCGGCAACUGUACCUUCACUGCAGUCCAUGGCAAGCAGAUCGGCUGGGAGCCGCAGUAUCCACCGGAGCAUAUACUCGAAGCAGCAGAUGACGAGGUUAAGCUGAUUCUGAAGAGCCUUGCAUCAAAGGCAACCAUUGGGUGA